GCAAUUUUGACCUCCGAAUAGAUUUUCAAUGGCAAGCUUCUCUAGAAUAAGUAGUGGGAUCAAGGCUUCUUUGGUUGCUGUUUCUUGGGUCCCAGUAUUGUACUGCUUCACACAACAUGUUGCUAUGCCAUAUCAAGUAAGAGGAUUUUCAAUGUCUCCAACAUUCAAUCCAGGAACUGCAACUUUAUCAAAGGAUGUGGUGUUGAUAUAUAAAUGGGGCAUGAAGAACCCCAAUUCUAUUAAAAGGGGAGAUGUUGUAAUGUUUAGAUCACCUUCAGAUCCAGAGAAAUUGGUUAUCAAAAGAGUGAUUGGUUUACAAGGUGAAGUCAUUAAACCUAAACAACCUCCGUAUCCUAGAAAACAAGCCAAGGUUCCUAGAAAUCAUUUAUGGGUUGAAGGAGAUAAUUCAUUUCAUUCUAUAGAUUCCAACACUUUCGGUCCAAUAAGUCAGGGGUUAGUUGUGGGAAAAGUUAGUAGUAUAAUAUGGCCUUUGUCAAGGAUCGGUGCCGAUAUUUCUAACGGGGGUAGAGAUGCUAGGUUCCCAAAUCCAAAGGAUAAACUGGUGAACUCAAUUAAUGAUAUAUAAAAUCAUUACAUGUAUAUACUUAGAUAUAUGUAUAUUUUUUAAUAGAUUGACGAUUUAAUG